GGGCCGCGGUAACCGUCUUUCCGUCGAGGUCUCUGGGCUGUUCGGGCGCGGAGGGGUGGCCCCGGGGACCGCGGCGCGGCCUGCGGCACCGUGGUGACCGGGACGGCUUGCAGUCGAGCCCCCGGGCGCAGGAAGCCGCUCUUCCUCUCCAGCCCCCGCCCUCCCCGCCCGGCGCACACCUCCUCCCUGACGCAUUUUGCCGCACAGGCUGUAAUAUGGCGGCAGCGACGGCGGCCUCGGCUCCCGGGAACUAGGAGCAAAAGGAUUGGCUCAGUUGCCCUUGUCUGCUUGCCUAAAACUGUAUCAUAUACACUCACAGACUGAAGUGUUGGAACCAUGGGAAUAAAGGUCCAGCGUCCUCGAUGUUUUUUUGACAUUGCCAUUAAUAAUCAACCUGCUGGAAGAGUUGUCUUUGAAUUAUUUUCCGAUGUGUGUCCCAAAACAUGUGAGAACUUUCGUUGUCUUUGUACAGGUGAAAAGGGGACAGGGAAAUCAACUCAGAAGCCACUACAUUACAAGAGCUGUCUCUUUCACAGAGUUGUCAAGGAUUUCAUGGUUCAGGGUGGUGACUUCAGUGAAGGGAAUGGAAGAGGAGGAGAAUCUAUUUAUGGAGGAUUCUUUGAAGAUGAAAGUUUUGCUGUUAAACACAACAAAGAAUUUCUUUUAUCAAUGGCCAACAGAGGGAAGGAUACAAAUGGCUCACAGUUCUUCAUAACAACGAAGCCAACUCCUCAUUUAGAUGGGCAUCAUGUUGUUUUUGGGCAAGUGAUCUCUGGUCAAGAAGUUGUGAGAGAGAUUGAAAACCAGAAAACAGAUGCUGCUAGCAAACCAUUUGCUGAGGUCCGGAUACUCAGUUGUGGAGAGCUGAUUCCAAAAUCUAAAGUUAAGAAAGAAGAAAAGAAAAGGCAUAAGUCGUCAUCAUCAUCAUCAUCCAGUGAUUCAGAUAGCUCGAGUGAUUCUCAGUCCUCCUCUGAUUCUUCUGAUUCUGAAAGUGCUUCUGAAGAAAAAUCCAGAAAGAGAAAAAAGAAACAUAGGAAAAACUCCCGAAAGCAUAAGAAGGAGAAGAAGAAGCGAAAGAAAAGCAAGAAAAGCCCAUCUAGUGAGAGUGAAGCAGAAAAUCUUGACGCCCAGCCUCAGUCUACUGUCCGUCCUGAAGAGAUCCCUCCUAUACCAGAAAAUCGAUUCCUCAUGAGAAAAAGUCCUCCUAAAGCUGAUGACAAGGAACGGAAAAACAGAGAGAGAGAAAGAGAAAGAGACUGUAAUCCACCUAAUUCCCAGCCUGCUUCAUAUCAGCGACGAUUCUUAGUUACUAGGUCUGGCAGGAAAAUUAAAGGAAGAGGACCAAGGCGUUAUCGAACUCCUUCCAGAUCCAGAUCAAGGGAUCGGUUCAGACGAAGUGAGACUCCUCCACAUUGGAGACAAGAAAUGCAGAGAGCUCAAAGAAUGAGGGUGUCAAGUGGUGAAAGAUGGAUCAAGGGGGAUAAGAGUGAGUUAAAUGAAAUCAAAGAAAAUCAAAGGAGCCCAGUUAGAGUAAGAGAGAAAAAAAUAACCGAUCACAGACACAUGUCUGAGAGUCCAAACAGAAAAGUAGAAAAGGAAAAGAAAGUUAAAGACCAUACAUCUGAAAGCAAAGAGAGGGACAUGAGAAGAAAUUCAGAAAAGGAUGAUAAAUACACUAAAAACAAAGUGAAGAAGAGGGGCAAGUCCAAAAGUAGGAGUAAGAGCAAAGAGAGAUCCAGGAGUAAGGAGAGGGAGCCCAAGCACAGCAGACACGAAGACAAGAGGCCGAGGUCGAGAAGCAAAGACAGGGAUCACGAGACUCCGAAAGAGAAACAGCUGGAGUCGAAAGGGAAAGAAGAGGACAGGAGUGGAAGUAAAGAGAACUCUAAACAGGGCGAGUCCAGAAGGAGUGAGCACGGCCAUAGCAAAAGUAAGGAGAAGGAUAGGCGUGCACAGUCCAGGAGUAGAGAGCGUGAUGUGGCCAAGAGCAAACACAGUUACAACAGUAGGACGAGGGAGCGGAGCAGGAGCAGAGACAGGAGCAGAAGGGUGCGCUCUAGAAGCCACGACAGAGACCGCAGCAGGAGCAAGGAGUACCACAGGUACCGAGAGCAGGAGGACAGGAGAAGAGGAAGGUCCCGGAGCCGGGAUCGAAGAACUCAGGGACGGUCGAGAAGUAAAGACAGGAGGAGGAGAAGGAGGGAUUCCCGGAGCUCAGAACGAGAAGAAAGUCAAAGUCGCAACAAAGAGAAAUACAGAAGCCAAGAAAGUAAGAGUUCCCACAGAAGAGAAAAUUCGGAGAGUGACAAAAGAGUGUACUCCAAAAACCGUGAUCAUAGUAGCUCAAGUAAUAAUAGGGAGAGAAAGGCUGAUAGAGAUCAAAGCCCAGCAGUGUCAAAACCAAAACAGAGCAGUCAGGACAGUGAGUUGAAAAGUCAGCAGGACGAGAAGACCAGAUCCCCAGUGGAAAAAGAAAACCAAAAAUCAAAGGGUCAAGAAAAUGACCAUGUACAUGACAAAAAUAAAAAAUGUGAUGGUGAGUCGAGCCCCGGAACAGAUGAAGACAAAAGUGGAUGAGUGAGUUGUGUACGCUUACUUCCUUCCUGUCCAAUUUCAGUUUUGGAGACUUACUGUUGAAUCUUUUUUGUUGUUCUCAUUAUUUUGGGGUUGUUUUAUGUUUGUCUCUCCCACCCCCCCUUUUUUUUUUAAAUGUGGACUUCAUUGAGUUGAUAUUUUGAUAAUCUGCUACCUGGAUAAUUUGUACUGCUAAAGUUUUAAUAAACUUGAAAUGAAAACAAAACCCACUUUGGUGUAAUAUUGUGUGCUGUGUUAACUAGCUAUGUAUUCAUUUUUGUGGUGCACCAGUCAGUCAGUCAGUAGCAGCCAGCCUACUUAAUCAGCCAUUUGGAAACAAGCUUAACUGUUGAUUGCAGUGCAUUGUUAGACAAAUUUGUGUUUCUUUUAAUAGAAAUCCCUUGAGAAACCACUAGAAGUUUUGUGUGGUUUUUGGUUUGCAUUUAUAAUUCACAGGCUUACAGCUGUUUCUUUGAAUUAUACAGAAGCAGGAUUCUGAGGUGAUCUUAAGUCAUCACUUGAUGUUACAGUUUCUCUGCUUUAGAUGCUUUCUCGGGCUUCAUCCCUGAUUUACAGUUUCAGCUCUAGCUUGUUUCUGAAUACUGCCCAUGUCUGUGAGCUAUAAGAGACGGAUGCUCUCCUCAGUUCAUGUGCUGGUUGAGCUUGAGUUGCUGUUAUACAGCGUUUGACAGGAAUUAUACCUUGGAAGAUCAUACUAUAAUUCUCAAUUCUUUGUUGCUUUUGGUGUGAAGAACUGAAACUUGCCUUUUAAGAACAUGUUAUUACCUUUUUCUACAAUUUAAAAGACAUUUCUCAUUAAAACAUACUACUUGUGUAGGUACUUCUUAAUCUAGACAGAUUCUAAAAAGCGUUAGUAUUGGAAAUAAGAUUUCCCUAUUUUGGCUGUUAGCCUGUAUCACAUUGAGUGUGAAAUCUGCAUGGUUUGGGUUUUUUUUAAACUUGGACUAACUUCUUUAAUUCUCAUAGCUGUGAAUAUGAAAUGUCAAGAAGAUGCAUCUUUCUAUAUCUGUACCACGAUAGGCUGCAGCAUGUCUGUGACUCUGGUUUCUUUCUGUUCAGAUGACUUUAGACCAGUUUACUGUAAACAUUAUUUUAACUUGGCAUGUAUUACAUUGCCAUAUAGAGUAGAGUAGAAAGUUGCAAAAUAUGAUACCUUAUGGAGGUAAACACUAAACAUAUCCAAAGUCCAUUCAGAAUUUUGUGUGUUGUAUUUUGCUAUUUUUGUGAUGUGUAGCCUUUUAUUCUGUAAUAUCCUUCUAAAUAAAACAUUGAACAUCCAGCAAAUACAAAACCUGCCUCAUUUGAAAAAUAUUUCAAAACUCCAAUUAAUAGUAGCCUUUAGAAAGUUUUGUACUUUAAUAUUUGUCAGUAUAGUGUCAACUCUUACCAAGGUAGCUUCUUGGCAAACCCAGUAGCUAUUCAGUGCUGUUGUACUGCAUAAAGUUAUGCCUAAUGUACUUCCCAUUAUUGAUUAUUACAAUAGAUUGGCAAUGUAGCUGGUACAGAAUGAAGGAUGCGGUGAUUAUAAAGCUGUUUGGAACAUCCUAAAACAACUACCCAUGGUGGAUUCUUUACAAAUUGUUUUUCUUGAUGGGAAAAGUGUGUGUGUGUGUGUGUGUGUGUGUGUGUGUGUGUGUGUGUGUGUGUGUAUGAUCUGUUACAUGACUUAAAACAAAUGGAUUAUGUCUUAAAUCCAGUCAAUUGUGUUUUAAAAUAUAUCCAAAACUAUCUGAUCUUUAAGAAAGGAAUUUCUACUAACAUUUUAAAAUCCAUUCUAAGUAAAACUACAUUUUUCCUUGUCCUAGAGCUUUUAUCUGUUAGCAUAUAUAUAAACAAGGAUUUUCCAGUUCUUUGAAAAAGUAGGCUUGGGAGAGAAUUAGUAAUGUCUAUAAUGUCCUUCUGUUUGGGUUAUCAAAAGAGCAGUUC